AUGUCUCGUUCACUUCUUCUGGUGUUACUUUUUCUCUUCUGCUGUGGAGGUGCUCUUGUGGUGGAUGCGAACAUUCAUCUCCGUGUUGUAAACGACACCCGGCGGGUAAUUUACAUCGGCUCCUUCGCCUUCGGCCCACAAGGGGCUGUGCGAUUAGAAACACGGAAGUUUGCGGCCCCAGCAGAGAUGUAUACAACAGAGAACGCAAAGGCACCUGUAUUGAUGCCAACAGCUCCAGUAGGAUUUAUAUUGAUUCCAGUAGAGAGUGUUAGUGCCGCCCGCAUGUAUGCACGUUAUGGACGUGGUGAAGUCGGGACUCCGCUACACGUAGACAUUGGUAAUGGUUAUGCAAGUCGAGUCUGUUUUAUUAAAGAUCCAUUAUUAGGAUUACAAGAAGAAAAACAGAAUCGUAUGCUUUUCCCAUUUGAGGGUCUUUCUUCUGAAGAUAUUCUUAAAAUGCCAUCUACAUACUCUGCUGACCGUAUUGGUCUCUAUGCUGUUUACUUUUAUAACUGCGCUGAUAUGCCAGAUAAUGGUGAACCUGUACAUCUCAGGACACUCCCGUUAAGGCCUAUUUCGUUUGAUAUUUAUUUUGAAUUGUAUUGGAUGAAUGGAGAACAUAAUAGAGUAUAUCUUUCUUAUGGUCGUGAAGGAUUGCCAAAUAUGUUUACUUUCUUUGGAGUUGUUUUUUUGAUUAUGGCGUUACUUUGGAUAUUGCAAGUCUUUCGAGAAUGGAUAAAUGUAAAAAAGAUACAUUUACUUAUGCUUUUACUUGUUGUUAUCAAGAUGGGAACACUUUUUAUUGAAAGUAUGAAAUUACAACAUUUUUCAAAAACAGGUAAGGUAUCAAUGUGGGAUUUUUUCUUUUAUAUAACUGUUACACUAAAAGGUGUAAUGCUGUUCGGAGUAAUUUUAUUGUUAGGUGUGGGUUGGUCGUUGCUUCGUGAUCAUCUUAGUUCUACAGACAAACGUAUUCUCCUUGUUGUACUUCCAUGUCAAGUGAUGCUUAAUGUGUGCUGGGCCAUCAUUGAAGAAACGAGUGAAGGGAAUCGUAACUGGUCUACUUGGCUUGAUAUUUUACAAAUUCUAGAUGUAAUUUGUUGCUGUUGUGUACUGUUUCCUCUUAUUUUAACUAUUAAAAAAAUACGAGAAGCGGGUAGUACAGAUGAAUCUACUGCCCGUACCGUAACUCGAAUGAGAGAAUUUCGUACUUUUUAUAUUGUGGUAGUGGCUUAUAUUUACAUUACCCGCAUUGUGUUGAUAAUGGUGGCGAAUGCCGUCUCUUAUGAUAAGGCGUGGAUAGCAGAAGCGGGAGCGCAGAUGGUGGCGGUUCUUUUUUAUAUUUUCUGCGGUUACAGGUUCCGACCCAAGAUACGCAUAGCUGCCACUCCUUAUAGUAUACUGCAACCAGUAGAGGUGAUGGUGGUGGAUGCAGAGUUAAAGGAUUGUGAACUGAGUUCAAGGAAUAGUAAGAGUACGUCGUCAUUUAUGAAAAGUUGA